AUGGUGCGGGGCCGGUUCUUACUGUUUUCUUGUGUGUCAGAUGAUACAGGAAAUCGACUUCGGUUCCAGCUGGAGUUGGAGUUCGUUCAGUGUCUGGCGAAUCCAAAUUACCUGAACUUUCUUGCACAAAGAGGGUACUUCAAAGACAAAGCUUUUGUAAACUAUCUUAAAUAUUUACUUUAUUGGAAAGAACCUGAAUAUGCAAAAUACCUGAAGUAUCCUCAGUGUUUGCAUAUGUUAGAGCUGCUCCAGUACGAACAUUUCCGCAAAGAACUGGUCAAUGCUCAGUGUGCUAAAUUUAUUGAUGAGCAACAGAUACUUCACUGGCAGCACUACUCACGGAAGCGAAUGCGCCUCCAGCAAGCACUUGCAGAGCAGCAGCAACAAAACAACACCUCUGUGAAAUGAAAAGCUCUUGGAAGAGUGUUAAGGUAUACUCUCUGUCAGUCAAAGGAUUUACAGGAGAGCAAUGAACCCUUUUCUAGGUUUGGCUCUGGGUGUUUGUGCAUUUAAUUUCCAAUUUAUCAAGUGACUGGGGAUUUUUUUCUUUUGUCAACUUUAAA